CAUAAAAUGGCCGAGGCUGCAGUCGAUAGGCCUCAAAGAUUCUUUUGCCACCAGUGUUCUGUUGAGAUCAAUCCUGAUUUACCAGACUACACAUGUCCAAGGUGUGAUAGUGGGUUUAUAGAGGAGAUGUCAGGGGGUUCAUUGUUGGAGGAUCAACAUACUGACAACAAUGAAACCCCCAUGAUGAUGAUGGACCCAGCUGCUCAGUUUGAGGAAUUAUGGGAGCGGACAUUUGCCGAUAGUUUUCAACUGCAGACAAACGAAGAAGGCCUCCACUCUCCUACAGAUGGGGUCCACUUACCCACGCAGGUCGAGCCUGAUAGUAACAGACUGACAGAAGAAGAAGAAUCCAGGCCGCCCCGAUUACCAGGUCAGCGACGUCAUCCACUCCUCAGUCAAGUCAGUGUGGGCCAGAGGCAGCCAAGGAUAACAGCACGACGUUUCACAUCUAGUAGACCAGAUCGCCAUCCUGCUAUUGAGGGGAUUAUUAGUCAAUUAUUAAGCUCAUUAGCUGGUGGUGCGCUAUUCCAAGCUGAAGGUAUGCCUAUAGGAAUGUUUCAAUUACAUGGCAACCCUGGUGACUAUGCAUGGGGUGCAGAUGGUCUAGAUGCUAUUGUAUCACAACUGUUAAAUCAACUAGAAGGCUCUGGUGCCCCGCCAGCUAAUAAACAACAAAUAGAUUCUUUACCUCACAGAAAAGUGACCAAGGAACAAGUGGAGAAUCGCUUGCAGUGUACAGUUUGUAUGGAAGACUUCCAUUUACAAGAAGAGGUCCGUCUUCUACCGUGCCAACAUUACUAUCAUACCGAUUGUAUUGUGCCUUGGUUAGAAAGGCAUGGCACUUGUCCAAUUUGUCGCAAAGAUAUGAAUGGUCGUGAUACUUCAGAAGACGAGACUCCACUUCAAAUACCCAACCUUGACAAUAGGUAGAGACAAUUUCCUAUACGGACAUUAUCAAAAUACUAGGAAUGUUCGUAUUAUUGUGAUUUUUUACGUGAGUGGUUAAGGGUAUUUUGAGGCAAUUUGUGAAGAAAGUAAAUACAUAAUUAAUUGGCUGAGAGUGUUAUGAACAGUUAGAAUGCUGCCUGUCUGAGAUGUCUGAUUAGAUCUCAUUUGCGUGAAUCUCAUUGCCAGCAGAUCGUAGAAUUGUCAGAAAUGGCAGUUAUGGUAUAGUCUCUGAGGAAUGCCAAAUACACCAGGACUUCAUCUCGUUAGGAAGCGGCUCGGAAAUUGAAAAUGGAACCCUAGAGGAUCAAGAGCAAGCUAAACGGAUGAAGAUAUGCAAUACCUGUAACAAUAGUCUCAAAAUAUCCAAAGCCACCUAAGUCGACAGGACUCAUCAGCCAUGUCCGAUUUGAUGAAUUCUCUUAGGAAAGACGUUUUAAAAACUUUGUGAUGACAGAUUGGAAUCAUUCACAUAAUGGGUCAUUUUGUCCCACACUGUUGUAAAUACCACAUUGUCCAUAUUUAAGCACUGUUUCGAGUAUGAAAGAAUAGAAAAUUUAUUCUUUCGUCUUUUUUAACCUUAAGAAUUCUUGCAGAUGCCUAUUCAAAUUUUUGCAAGUACCAGAGACAACAUUUUGUCUCAAAUCCACUGAUCAUCUCUUGGGAUCAGAAUAGGCCUCAAAUAGAUGACACCAAUGAGAUGUGAUCUCAUCAAUUAAAGACACUCAUCUUGCCAUUUCAAAGCAAUCAAUUUUAGCUGCAGAUGUCAAUGAAUAAGACUUGCUGUCAACCCAUAGCUUGAAAUCUGUGUGAAUUCUAAAGGUGGACGCCAAUAUCUCAACUGUCUUGGCCAAGAAUAAAAUGGCUCAAAUUUUUCCAAAACUGAAAACUUCAUCACUUCCAGAUUGUGUUUUGAAGUUAGAUACUCGCUUUAAGCAACCCAGUGUUUGGCAAACAGUUUGCAGGUUUGGUUAAAUUUUGCAGCAUUUUGUGCCAUGACAGUUGUGAUAAAUGUCCAUCGUUCAAACGUAGGUCCCGUGUAAAUAUCUCCCAUUCCCAACUUGAGUUUUAUCUGCUAUUUGCCUGGAUUUGUUUUUUAAAGCCUUGAAGGUCGUGAUACAUGCACUGCAUUCACAUUGCAAGUUAGAUUUAUACUUCCAGUAUGAAAGUUGGGUCAAGUGAGCGUUUUGGGGAGAGGUGUCAGUAGCUUCAUGAUGUUGAGGAGCAGGACCAUCACACUGUCCAGUUUUCCACACAUUGAUGUUAGUGAAAACGUCCAAAAGUUCAGAAUGUAAAACCACAGCACUAAAAUAUACAACCAGUUUGCCAGUGUUGGCCAUUUACAAAGUUUUUCUCCCUGAUUACACAUGUUUUGUCUCUGCUAAGACUCCUCCGAAUGGCUUAACUAUCGAUGUUGGUAACAAAGCAACCCUUGUGGUCUCUGUCACCCUGGUAUAUGUCAUGGGCACUGGUCUAACAAUCAGAAACUCUGAUCAAAUGUCCAUUCACAUCCCCAUCCAACAGGAGUGAUAUUCCUUGUCACAAGGCUAGUGAUCAGAAAUAUCUGAGGUGAAUCAAAUGAUUUUGGGAAAUAUUGUGCACUGCUCCUUUGAGGAAUUUGAAUCACUGUUAGCAGAAGUUUGAGCUUUUCCAGAUUUUGCUUUAGUUAUGCAUGUGCAUAUAGACAAUGUUCAUUUAUCCGCAUGCAUAACGAUAAACAAAAUCCAGAAAUUUUGUCAGCUUCUGCUCUUUGUGACACUGAUUGGAGGUCCUCAAAGGACUAGUAUAAAUCUCAUUAAAAGGCAUAAAUACUGUCUAGGUUAAGGCAUAAAUACUGUCUAAAACUGUGUUCUCUCUCAGAUGCGUGCACCUGUAAGCAAGAAAAACAUUGAAACUUAUGUUUAUUUGAAUACUGUCAGCGUUUUGAUAGAUGUUGUAAAAUGAACCAGUUCUGUUACUUUGAUAUUAAGAGAUUAAUGAUUAGAGAAAACUGGUAAUAAGAUGUCAACUUAUGUGAACUUAAUGUCAUUUUUAAAGCAGCCGAUUUUUAAAAUGAACAACUGUUAGUUUGGCUCUUAAAGCUGUUAUAAAUUUAUCACAUGCCAAAACUUCGUGGAGGUUUUUCAAACACCAAUCUCAAAAUCAUUGCGGCAUUGCCCCUGCUGUAACAUCAUAGCGUCAUUGAUUCACACCAUCAAUGCAAGGCACACUCUAGUUUCGGACUGAAAUUUGCAAUGAUUUGAGUUUAAAAGAUUUUUAAACUGCUCGUAAAACGUAAACAGAAAAUGAUACUCGUCUCUUUUUGAGUGAAAAUAUCACACUGAGUGCUUGUCUUGGCCCCUGGAAACCCCUUUGACCUGCCAUCUUUUAACUUUAAGGCCCUAGACGACUACUCCUGUGACUUUUCCACUCAAAGACAGUCUGGGGUAGUUUCUUAUUGUACCUAUUGUUUUUGUUUAUAGUAGGUGUUACCCAGUAGAUGAGUAGAAACUGUCAUUACAGUGUUGAUGACUCUUUGGUUUAAAAAGCUUUUUAGACAUGGAAUAUGGGAAACCAGUUUUAGUGUUCGGUGAGAUAUUAAUGUGUGUAAAUGUACAUUUGUCAUACACUUCUACUGAUAAGAAAUAGUUCCUUGGUGGACAAAAGUACUCUGACCUGUGAUGCUAAACACAACUAAAAUCCGACUUUCUAUACAGAUGAUAGUUUGUAGUCACCUAGAGCUCUUCUCAUCGAUCUCUUCGACAGUGCAUAUCCAUGGUGUAUCUUAAAGUGAUGUAGUAGACUUUGUAGGGGAAUUUGAUUUGAAUUGUUAGUUCUGUAUCAAUCCAAAAAACCUUGGAUGGAAGACAGCAAUUUGGAAUGAAUUGUAUUGAUUUUGGAAUCCUUAAAGUUUAGCAUGGUGUCUUGGGUAUUGAGAAGUGAACUGUGUUGUGACAGAAUGUGGGUUGUACCAGUUGUAUGAUAUUUCUUAGCGUCAUUACCUACGAGUUGUUGAUCGUUUUGAUUUUGUCUUCCCUCUUCCCUAGCUAAUACUCUCUAGGUUCUUUUUCUUUCACUCGUUAUUUAUUUGCAAGCUUUCUCCUCUGCAGUUUUUAAUGGUUUCUUCCAUUUGUGAAUCUGUGCCUGGAUUCUACCACCUUUUUGAGCACUGUAGGGGAGAAAGGUGGUUCAGAGCAGAUUUGGCGUUGCUGCAAGCGAAUUUUAUUACAAAUUUCCAACUAUUUUUCCCUGAUCAAUGUAAAUAUUGCCUAAUUAAGCUGGAAUUGUGGAGCAGCUGAGCUGAUCUGUGUAACGAAUUGCUAUAUUGUAAAGUGUCAAACUACUAGAGGUCAAUAAAGCACAUGUCACUC